ACCGGUGAACAAAAGGAGCCGCCCACUCAAGCCGUAUUGGAGAAGCAACGCCUCGUACUGGAGGAGCUUACCGCACGACUGGAGCUAGAUAUCAGUAAUUUGGAACGCUUGUCGGAUGAGGAAUUGAGACAGGUGGUCGAAUCGGCCGUGCAUCAGUUCCUGAAUCCGGUGAAAAUUAAUGAAAAGCUAGUGGAACAAUUGAAAACUCAAGUAGUGGAUCUGGAGCGUUUCAUUGAUUUUCUGCAUGGUUCAGGUACGUGUGGCGAGGCCUUGACCCAAGCCCUGGCCGAGUUCAAGCGUACACAUCAGCUGACAAAGGCGGUGAAUGAGCCUUCAUCAGCGUCGUCGUCCACGAUACCAGACGACGCCCCAGUUCCCGGUAUCCAACUAGGUCACAGUCGACAUUUGAACAGAGACCGGACUGAGACAGCCGAGCGGGCUCGUCCAUUGGGUGCUGAGGUAGAGUUGCUGGCAGCAAACUUCACUCAAUCCGUUCGCAAUUCGGCCACCGUUGAACGGGCCAAACUUCAACAUUGGGGUACUGUACGAGCCCGGCUGGAAUUGGCCGUGAAUGCGGUACUGGAGAAAGUCGAGCUUUAUCAGUCCUAUCAGUUGAAGCAAAGACAGUUGGAAACGCACAAACAGACCAGUUGUAUUAGGCGACCAGUCCGAACCAGUGUUAGUUCGGCUUGCACGCAGCUGCAAUCUGAAACGAAUGAGACCACGGUGAGUGUUGAGGCCAAUCGGCUGGCACGUCAGUUACGACGCUUUCAAACCUAUUCGGUUCGUUCUUCCUGUUCGAGUAUGAAAGUGGGCACUGAUCAGGAUCUGCCCGGAACGAAAAUAGCCUUGCCAGUGCAAAAUCUGCACGAUGCUAGCUUGCGUGCAAUGCUAAAUGGUGCGCAAGCAGAUCUUCCUCCGUCCGCCUACUCAGUCAGCGAAUCACGGACCAGCUCGGGCGCAGUGUGUAAAAUCCCAACCAACUGGAAAGAUUCGAUUGCAGAUACUGAGGAAUUUUUGAAGUCAGAGGCUCAACGCAUGAUUAUCCGCGUUGUGCGACGUCAACUCUGUCCUGCCUUACGAGAUUUGAUUGAACACGGGUUGAUGCGGAACGCACUGAUCACCAUUCAUGAAGAAAACGGCAGUGUUAUACGACCCGGAAACUUUCUGCUGAAACCAAUUUUAGGCUGUUUCAAUUCCCGACGUCGUCGUCUCGGUGAUGCGCUGGAAGAUGGACUGGAUCCAAUCCCACAUCCCGGAGAUUGCGAGGAUCCACCGACUCCCAGUAAACCUCGUUCGCGCCGAACUGGAACCCAUGCUUGGCACAUUCUUCUCAAAUUUUACAAUAUGAAAGUUAGUUAUUGUCAUAUUAGUAAAAUUUUACUUUUGAUUGUGUUCCAAAUCGGGUUAUUAGUUUAG